UAAUUUUUUUUUUUGGCAUACCUUAUCAAAACCCAGUAUGGCCUGCAUAUCAGAUCAUUGGGAUUUUGCUUAACAUUAUGAAUUCUGUUGGUUAAUUGCGCUAUUUAAAAACAAAAACAAAAAACGAGUAAUUUAUCUAAAGGAAACUGAAUAUAUAAAAUUCAGUUGGAGCCUAUUAAAGUUAGAGUUAAGUAGCGUUUAGGCUCUAAUCGGAUAUUCUUAUAUUCGUAAAGACACCAACGUAAUGAUGGCCAUCUACACAUCUAAACUCUAUACCUUUAUAUAGGCCUUUCGAGUAAAGUCUAUUUCAAGCUGCUUUGCGCGCAGCUUUAAAUUUCACUCGAAGUUCAAGUGUUUCACGAGUUUCGUGUUUGCUUACUUACAUUUCAUAGGUUACCACAGUUGGGAAAAAAUAGCUCAGAACGAAAAGACUAUGAAUAACAACUUAAAUAACCUUCUGUGACUAAAGGCCACUCUGAAUUAGUUAUCCAUCAUGAGGCUGAUUCUGCCUGCUGUAAUCACUGUCGCUUUGCUCUUGGUUUCAUCUCGUCUCAUCCAAGGGCAAAAGGCUAGUUAUGUGUACGUAGGCUGCUUCUACGAUUCUAGUGCCAGACCCCUACCGGUCAUCGUGAGUAACUUACGUGACGCCAUCGACUGGAAGAACCAUUCCAAGACGGUUGAUACCUGCGCUGCACAAGUAAAAACCCGUGGUUUCCAGUACUUCGCGAUCCAGUUUUACGGGGAGUGUUGGAGCGGAAAGGAUGCUGGGACGACUUUUGCAAAUGUUGGUCCUGCAAGCGAAACCAAGUGUAAAGAUGGCGUCGGAACAUCGUGGGUUAAUGCUGUCUACAAGAUCGUUAACCUACCUGCAUGCUCUUCUGGGAUGCUUUUUACACCCAAAGCAAGCAGUGGCUUUUUUCUGGAAUCAACGUGGUGCUCCAGCAAGAACGAUACGUCACCAUGGUUGGAGAUGAUCUUUAACGGUCCAACAAGAAUUACAGGGAUUGGCAUUCAGGGUAAAUACCCUAACCACUGGGUGACUACAUUCAUCUUGGAAUACUCGGAGGACGGAAGCUUCUAUAUUCCAUACCGCGAGAGAGGCCUUAUCAGGACCUUCACUGGCAACACCAAUUGGUACGACUUGCAGCUUCAGGGGCUUGUUAAUCCCACCGAAGGACAAACCUUUCGUCUCGUUCCCAAAACAUGGCAACCGUCUCAUAGCAGCGCCUGCGCGCGCAUCCGACUUUAUGGUUGCUAGGGUGUUGUCUCACUAAUGAGGAAUCCAAUAAGGAAUCCAGUGAAUAAAGGGUAAAUACUAAGGGUGGUGGUGUCCGUUCCAUUAGGGUCUCUCUUUAAUAACUGUCCGAUUAGCAGAGGGUGUCCGUUUUACGAAGGGUAUUAGAGACCUUUAGAUCCGACGAAGAGUAUGAGAACGAGUACGCGAGUGUUUAACUUUUAAAGAGAGGCACUAUCUUUUUGUAGUCGUGAUCGAGUACGUAGAUCGAAACUUUAGAUUGUAAAAAAUCGGGAAUCAACUACGAUUUAGUGUUACCCACGUGCACAGGACUCGUACUCGUACUCGUCGUCGUAUCUAAAGGUCGCUAAUAUCUUACCAAAGGCUGUUUUUAAGAUAGACGGGUACCUUUAGUAAAGACUGCCCGAUUAAUAAAGGGUGUAGGUGACCGGUUUAUGAGGGUUCCGAAUUCUAAUAAUUUUUAUUUGUUAUUGCAACUAACAUCCUGCUAGAGUUCAAUUGUUUCAUUGGUGCUAUUUUGUACUAAUUAGUAUUAUUUCACGAAUAUAUGGUUUGCACUGUACUGUCUGAUGUCUGAUCACUUGAUAGCAAUCCUGAAAGCCUGGACACACUAUGUACUUGUUGUUUGCCAUGACUACACGCCUGGACAUUAAAUAAUGAUGAUUAGAAAUGUCAUGUACUGAA